UGAGAAUGCACGUGUUACACGAAUUAAAUUGGACGAAAUUAGUAUACGAACCGCUGCACAAGUUUGAGACUCAGAUCAUAUCAACAAAAAACAUACAAGGAUACGACAGCAAGAACACGGAACAGUGGUCAUUAACAGGCGCGCUAUUAUACUCGGUCACAGUUAUCACGACAAUCGGCUACGGUAAUUUGGCACCAAAAACACCAGAAGGCAAAAUCGUAACUAUGGUCUACGCGUUAUUCGGCGUGCCGCUAAUGUUGCUGUGCAUAUCCAAUCUGGGGUCCCUGUUGGCCGGCACUUUCCAGUUCGCGUACUCCCAUUCGUGCUGUUUCUCCAAGAGGAAAUCGGAAAAUCGGCGAGAAAAGUCGUCGAAAAAAUCUUCGGCUGUAAACGCUGGGUCGGUGCAACACACUCCACCACCGCCACAACAGUACAACGUGAGCCACCACCAAAGGGCAGAAUUGUCGCCGAGAUCACGAAAACAGCAAAUAGGUGGUAGCGGAGGAAAACCGGUGUACCGUUUAACGUCGGAGGCCAAACACGUCCUGUGCGAAUGCGCCGAGUAUCAACUGGCCAACUCGCCGACACACGACCACGUGGCUGCGCACAUUCUCAGGCAACUGGGCGAUCGUCCGGACUUGCCAACGACUGCUGCGAAACACGACGAAUACGCGUACGACGACGGAGUCGGCGAUGGCGAAAACAACGAAGACUGUUACCAGUGCCAAAUGUACGGCGGGGCGCACGGCACGCCCAGCCGAGUGCCGCUCCUAAGCAGUAACCGUCAACAGCAACGGCGGCGUGGUGGUGCGGACAAGGACAGGCGACAGAACAUCACGACCGCCGCCACCGCUUCGGAACAGUAUCACCGCGAGGUUGCUGCUGCGGCGGCGGCCGCUGCAGCGGCCGCAGUGGCCGCGACCAACAACAAGCGGCCGAACAAGAGGCGCAACGGCGCACCACCCGGCGUACCGGUGGCCCUGGUGCUGCUCGUGUUGGCCGGUUACAUUUGUCUGGGCGCGGCCGUCUUCGCCGCAUGGGAGGGCUGGACGUUCAUCGACGGCGCGUACUUCUGCUUCGUCACGCUGUCCACGAUUGGGUUCGGCGACCUGGUGCCGGGCAAAUCGUUCCAGGGCACCGACACGCAAAACGGACAGCUGCAGUUGGUCGCGUGCUGCGGUUACUUGCUGUUCGGCCUGGUCCUGAUCGCCAUGUCGUUCUCGCUGGUCCAGGAGGAGGUGGUGUCCAAAUGCCGGCACGCCGCCCGCUACGUGGGCCUACUCAAACAGCCACCUCGGCCCGGCACCCAGCCGUACGCCUUGUAAUGGCCACCUACAACCCUCAUCCUCCACCCAUACGUGUCGCCCUUUUUCGUUACGCGUUUAAAAAACCAAAGUUACAAAACAUAUGUCCAAAACAUUAUCCCCGAGUCACGAUAAAAACCCGACCACGAAGGCAGCAUAUUAUUAUGCACGAUGAGCACGAAAUAAUUUCUUUCACUUUAGAAUUUUUAAACGAAACCAAAUAGUCUUUUUUCGCCGAUUUGUAUAAAAAAUCAGACACGUUCACUCUCGAACUUUCCGGGACACAGAAGUUUUUCUUAGGGGGUGUGCGGGUAAUGAUUAUCACCCCUUAUAGUGCGUUGAAGGAUACGUAUCCAACAGAAUCACUCGAUCGAUCGCUACCGUACAUGCAUAUUAUAAAGUAAAUACAAUAACAUUAUAAUAUAUAAGAUUAUUAAUGCUAUUUUUAUUAUUUAUAAAACCGUGACGUCGUCUCGACAUAUGCAUCUGUACCCUCCAUAUGAUAAUAUAUGUACUAUUUACGAUAGUAUAAAAACGGCUCCCAUGACGAACGAUUUCCUAG